GGGGCGGAGGUGGCCGUGGCCGUCCUCGGGGUUUCUCACCUUGCAAAGUUUGGCCGCCCCUAGACACGCAGCAGAAAGUUCAGCGUGCAGGAAGUUUGGGGGAAGCUCGGGGAGUAACUCGGGAGCUUUCGCUGCAGUUUCGGGUGUUUUUUUUUUUUUUCCUCAUUUUUUUUCUUUCCUUUUUUUUUCUCAUGCACACAACUCCCCCAAGCAAACAAGCAGCCCGCAAUAGCAGCAGACAAGUCAGGGGGCAGAGAGCGGGGGAAGCACCCUCGGCGGGGAGAGCCGGGUUUCUCUGCAGAGACGCGGUCCCGUUCGCAGCGGAUCCCAAUGCAACUGCUCAUCCUCCUCCUCCUGUACGCUGUAGUCUGUGCGAACUUUUGCAGCCGUCAGGGCACCACUGCCCCUGCCCAGAGCGGAUCUAUAAAAGCCUUGCGGUCCUCCAACAUCAGGCGAGAUGAGAGCAAUCACCUCACAGACUUGUACCGGAAAGAAGAGACCAUCGGCGUGGCGGGAAACGGCUGCCUCCACAGUCCGCGCUUCCCGAGCAGCUACCCCAGGAACCUGCUGCUGACCUGGCGGCUGCACUCUCCAGAGAGCACGAGGAUCCAGCUGGCUUUCGAUAACCAGUUCGGCCUGGAGGAGCCCGAAAAUGAUAUCUGCCGGUAUGACUUUGUGGAAGUAGAAGAUAUAUCGGAGACCAGCACAGUUAUACGAGGACGAUGGUGUGGACACAAGGAAGUACCUCCAAGAAUAACAUCAAAAACAAAUCAGAUAAAGAUUACCUUCAAAUCUGAUGACUAUUUUGUGGCUAAACCCGGAUUCAAGAUUUGUUAUUCCCUUGUGGAUGAUUUCCAGCAUGCAGCUUCAGAAACCAACUGGGAGUCAGUCACAAGCUCUGUUUCAGGGGUAUCCUAUCCCUCUCCAUCAGUGACUGACCCUACUCUCACGGCGGAAGCUCUGGAUCAAACCAUUGCUGCAUUUGACACAGUGGAAGAUCUACUCAAACACUUUAACCCAGACUCCUGGCAAGAAGAUCUUGAAAAUUUGUACACGGACAGCGGCCACCACUAUCGAGGCAGGAGCUACCAUGACAGGAAGUCCAAAGUUGACCUGGACAGGUUGAAUGAUGAUGUGAAACGUUAUAGCUGCACUCCAAGAAACUACUCUGUCAAUUUAAGGGAGGAACUGAAGGUGACAAAUGUAGUUUUCUUCCCUCGCUGCCUCCUUGUCCAGCGCUGUGGAGGAAAUUGUGGCUGUGGGACUUCAAACUGGAAAUCCUGUACAUGCAUGUCAGGCAAAACAGUGAAAAAAUAUCAUGAGGUGCUGAAAUUCAUCCCGGAGGCCGGCCAUCCUAGAAGGAAAGGCAGAACCAGGAACAACAUGGCCUUAGUAGAUAUACAGCUGGAUCACCAUGAGCGCUGUGAUUGUAUCUGCAGUUCAAGACCACCCCGAUAAAAAAAGAAAAAAAAAAAACGAAACAUGCUAACUGCAGCUUACCGGACAUUUACUUUUAAUCAGGAUUGCUCUGAGGACCUUUACUCACUAAUCAUUUGAACUUUGCUACUAGCCUGCCUUUGCAAUUAGCAGAAAUGAUCGCUGUGUUGCAGCAUAGCUGUGCUGGGUAGUGCCAUGGCAGCUAAACAGGUAUAUCAUAGAAUUAUGUAGCAGCAUCCAAGAAUAUAGGAUUAUGUUUAGCUAUAGCUAGAUUCUGAGGGUUGAGAUUUUCAAAGCUCGCUUAUUAACCUUAACCUCACAAUGCCUAAUGAAAUUAAUCAAAAGUUGUGUAUCUAAUUGUGGUAGCUGUCAAUGAAAUAGCAUUGUAUUUCUGCCUAUUUCUCACUCAACAGGUCACUACACUCAAAUUCUGCUGUCAUUUCUACCUGCUCAAUUCCCCUAACUGUCAGUAGAAUUUUCUGGGUAUAAAUGAAGACAGAAUUUGAUCUCAUAAAAAUAUACAAUGCUUAAUCCAGCUCCCAAAAGGAACUUUCCAGUGUUCCUUUCCAAUGCUGUAAGACAUUAUGAGGAAAACCCAGGACUACAUGAAAUAGAACACCAGAAAAAUCAAAACUCACUGUUUGUGCUCAGGCAAGUGCUGAAAUUCAUAAAUGCUUUGCAUGAGCUAGGACACUGGUGAUUGCAGGGGUUUUGGAGGACACUACUUCUGCGUUGAUGCUCUGACACAGCAGGAACCAUCAUCCAGGUUUCUUCGAGAAUGGUGACAGGAGGGCUCCUGCCAAUGCCGCAGAUAAUCCACGUGUGCUGGGGCUUAUUUUGGUCACUGUACCCCUGGACUGGACUCCGGCCACUUACCUACUGUUGCCCACAGUUUCCCAGGAUGAGGCCCCUCGAUAUUAAAAGCAAGAAAUAACCCUCCCUCAUGCAUUCUCUUCUCACUGUAGUUCAAGGAGUACUGUGUUUCCCCAAACAGGCGAUGGAGAUAGGGCACUUGUUUUCUGAAAUAUUGAUUUGUUGUGCAGUUGCGUUACUGGAAAACAAAACUUUGGUUGAGAUUUAAUUAUCAUUAUUUGGUUUGGGGUUUGUUUUUUUUCUUUGUUUCAAAUAAGGACUAUUAUAACUUCAUCAUAUAUCCAUUAAUCUUAGUUAUCUAAGUGUUAGUUGACUGAUUUCAGCUAUGUGUGUUGCCAUGAUUAAACUGUUGACGGUGAAUUUCUUUUUGAUUGUGUUUUGCUGAUGCAUAUUAGCUCAUUAAGCAAUGUCUAUCUGUCAUGGAAAAUGUUCAUCAUUUAUUAACUUCCACAAAAAGAAUAUUAUUAAACACCACCUCGUAAUAAAAUAAGCACUUUAAAAGCUACAGCAUAGCUUCCUGUACCUAUUACAAUAUUAUGAAAGUGCUCUAGCUGAAAAAGGAAAAAAAAGGGUCCUUCUAAACUAGCUUUAAAGAUUUAAAAUACUGCUCUAAAAGUUGUUCGAUGUAAAUUACAGGCAGUUUUAAGUCUGGAAUAGAACUGGACUUUUCAUCAUGAAUGUAAUAGAUAGAAUGGGAUGGCAUAUUUAAUGGCUGAGGUUUUGUAUUUAAUAGCAGACACAGGCUGCAUCAGUUCAUUUUGUGUGUGCUGCCUCUUGUGUUUCAACCUCUUAGAAAGAGCGAAGUAGUUUGACAAUGGUGUGUCAUAAUUAGUGGAAUCUGGCAUAUGCUGUAAUAUUGAGAGCCUUUAAGCCAUUCUGUCUCAGUAAUCUACAAUUUAGUAAUAAAAGUGCCCUAAUGUUUUAA